UUCAUCACUCUACUUUUUACAAGUGAACUAUAUUCUGUUGACACAUCGACACGUGUGACAAUCUCUUUGGGCAGAACCAAAAGCCCAAACCCGGAAAUUGAGAAGUAUAUAAUUCCUACGUGCUCCCUUCUUGCUCUGGAUUUUUCUGCUGUUAUUACAGCUGCAAAAUACUUUGGAAUGUCAAGAGCAGGUCAUUCAGUGCACGUUUUUGCGACGCUAUUUUUUUCCCCCUCAUCACAGCGUCGCCGAAUGCGUGCAGGAACCCGCAGGAGAGUGUGCUCUGCAUGCAAACCCGCCGACCACUAUAAUCAAUAAGCUAUCACGAGUCCUAAUCGUUCUAUCGUGCAUUUUCCACGAUGUGUCAAUUCAUUUUUAAUCGGCGUACGGGCUGUCAGUUGCUUUGCUUUUGACCCCUGAGGAUUAGCCAAAUAAUAUUAAUGCUCUACCCAAAUCGCCAAGUCAGCAACCAGUUGGCGGAACAUUUUCUAAUUACUGAUGGAAAACCACGCGAAACAAAUACAAAUGUUAUUGAAACAGACGUUCAAACUCCCACUUAAGGUAAUCCUCCCCACCAAAUUGACCAUGGACACGUUUAAAAACAAGUUCGACGCAACCUUGGUUCACGUUAAUUUUCAACACGGUAUUUUAUGAUGAAGGGUGGGAGCACAUUUUCUGCUGGUUAUAUUUAUUUUAGGAUCAUUUCUCAUACCCGAUAACUCUUAAUCACGAAUAACCCAUAAAUGUUUAAUUUAAUGACCUGUGUUGUUUGUUUAUAGGUACGCCGUGGCUUUUCAUCGUCUGAAACUGUCCUGCCACAAGUUUGCGGGUCUCUCAUACGGCCGAUGGGGACGACGUGGAAGCAAAACUUCAGUACAUGGACGAUGAGAUUGAUUACAAGGAUCCCUGCAAAGCCGCUGCCUUUUUGGGAGACAUUGCCUUGGACGAAGAAGAACUCCUCAUGUUCAAAGAUGCUCUCAGAACAGAAAGCGCCCGACUAAAUAACGCCGCAUCAGUCAGAAGUAAGCGAGCAGCAGUUAGGCAAAGCUCCCGUCAGCAUCCCAGCGGACGGAGGAGGAGGAGGAGGGCGGCCACCUCCAGAUCUGAGCGGAUUUGGCCCGACAGCCUCAUCCCGUAUGUGAUCAGCGGUAAUUUCAGCGGUAGUCAGAGAGCCAUUUUCCGCCAGGCCAUGCGUCACUGGGAGAAGCACACUUGUGUAACGUUCAUGGAGAGGACGACUGAAGAGAGCUACAUUGUUUUCACAUACAGACCUUGCGGGUGUUGCUCUUAUGUGGGAAGGAGAGGCGGUGGUCCCCAGGCCAUCUCUAUCGGGAAAAACUGUGAUAAGUUUGGCAUCGUGGUGCACGAACUUGGUCAUGUGAUCGGUUUCUGGCACGAACACACAAGACCAGACCGGGACGAACAUGUCAGCAUCAACAGGGACAACAUUCAGCAAGGGCAGGAAUACAAUUUCCUGAAAAUGGAACCGGGCGAGGUUGACUCACUCGGUGAGGUGUAUGACUUUGGCAGUGUCAUGCAUUACGCCAAGAAUACGUUCUCAAGAAGGGUCUUCUUGGACACAAUUCUGCCCCGUUAUGAUGUUAAUGGAGUGCGACCCUCUAUUGGACAGCGGCUCAAACUUAGCAAAGGAGAUAUUACACAAGCUCAAAAACUCUACAAAUGCGCAAGAUGCGGAGAGACUUUGCAAGACAGUGCCGGAAACUUCUCCUCCCCUGAUUUCCCCAACGGCUACUCUGCAUAUAUUCAUUGCGUGUGGAGGAUCUCGGUCACGCCUGGAGAAAAGAUCGUUCUAAAUUUCACUACCAUGGAUGUCUUCGAGAGUCCCUCGUGCUGGUACGACUACGUGGAGGUUCGAGACGGCUUCUGGAAAAAAGCUCCACUGAAAGGUCGUUUCUGCGGAAACGCAGUACCAGAUGUGAUCGUCUCAAGUGACAGUCGACUCUGGGUUGAAUUUAGGAGCAGCAGUAGCUGGGUGGGAAAAGGCUUCUCGGCCAUCUAUGAAGCCGUCUGUGGCGGGGAGGUGGUGCGGGACAGCGGCCAGAUUCAGUCCCCCAACUAUCCCGAUGAUUACCACUCCAACAAAAUGUGUGUGUGGAAAGUCACGGUGGCAGAGGGUUAUGAAGUGGGUCUCGCCUUUCAGUCGUUUGAGCUUGAGACUCACGACAGCUGUGCCUACGACUAUGUGGAAGUGAGGGACGGAGGCUCGGCACGCAGCCCGCUGCUUGGCCGCUUCUGCGGCUGCGACAAACCAGACAACAUCAAAAGCAGCACCAACCAACUCUGGCUCAAGUUUGCAUCUGACGUCUCGGUCAAUAAGGCCGGGUUCUCUGCCACGUUCUUUAAAGAGAUGGAUGAGUGUUCCCAACCUGAUAAUGGCGGCUGCGAACAGCACUGCCUGAACACUCUGGGCAGCUACAGAUGCGCCUGCGAUCCUGGAUAUGAACUGGCCGCAGACAGGUCAAGCUGCGAGACAGCAGCCUGCGGCGGCUUUCUCACCGAAAUGAACGGCUCCCUCACCACCCCCGGGUGGCCGAAGGAAUAUCCGCCCAACAAAAACUGCGUGUGGCAGCUGGUGGCACCCGUCCAGUACCGCAUCACUCUCGUGUUUGACGUGUUUGAGACCGAAGGCAACGAUGUUUGCAAAUACGAUUACGUGGAGGUGCGCAGCGGCGCCAGCGCCAACUCCGAACUUCACGGGAAGUUCUGCGGAGCAGAGAAACCCGAGGCCAUCGCCUCGCUGCACAACAACCUGAGGGUGGAGUUCAAGUCUGACAAUACUGUCUCCAAGAGAGGAUUCAAGGCUCACUUUUUCUCUGAUAUGGACGAGUGCUCGCAAGAAAACGGCGGUUGCCAGCAUGAAUGUGUGAACACCAUGGGAAGCUACAGAUGUCAGUGCCGCAGUGGCUACAUGCUGCAUGACAACAAGCGCGACUGCAAGGAAGCGGGCUGCGAUCUCGCGCUAAACGGCGCGUCGGGCACAGUCAGCAGCCCCAACUGGCCUGAGAAGUACCCCAGCAAGAAGGCCUGCACUUGGACUCUGUCCACCACUCCGGGCCAUCGGAUCAGACUCGCCUUUGACGACAUCGACAUGGAGGCUCAUUUGGAGUGUGCUUACGACCAUUUGGAAAUCUUUGACGGGAGCGAUGUCCGUGCGCCGAGACUGGUUCGCAUCUGCGGUACCAGGAAGCCUUCUCCCGUCAUCUCCAGUGACAACGCCUUGUUCUUGCGCUUCUUCUCAGACAACUCGGUACAGAAGAGAGGCUUUCUUGCCUCCUAUUCAGCAGGCUCCUCUUUUUCACUCUCUAAUUUUGUGGUCGCUCCAGAAUGCGGAGGAAACCUUAGCGCUGAGGUCAAGACAAAAGAUUUGUACUCUCAUGCACAGUUUGGAGACAACAACUAUCCGGGUGGCUCCGACUGUUUGUGGGUCGUCUCCGCCGAGAAGGGUUACGGAGUGGAGCUUCUCUUUCAAGUGUUUGAAAUCGAGGAGGAGCCCGACUGCGGCUACGAUUAUGUGGAGCUCUACGACGGGGCUGACAUCAAGUCCCCGAGGCUGGGCCGAUUCUGCGGAUCGGGGGCCCCGGAGGAGAUCUACUCCGCUGGGGAUUCCCUGGUGGUCAAAUUUCACUCGGAUGACAGCAUUGGUAAAAAAGGUUUUCACCUGCACUACACAAGCACCAAAUUUCAGGACACGCUACACGUGAGCAAGUGACUGUACGAAAGCCAAAACCUUACUCGACUUAAACAUUUUGUCCGCCGCUCCCAUUCCGGCGAGGAGCAGACAUGUGGAAUCGCACCCCAACACCCGCGAAUGUACCACUCACGUCUGUUCGAGUGAAGCAAGGUGACAUAUUUACUCCGUGUGUUACAGCUAUCGGAUAAACACUAAGGACUAGUUUUCAACAAGGAUUUGGGACGUUUUUUUUUUUUUUGCCUCACACAGCCUGUAAUGACCCUUUUUUGUAGCCUGGUGAAGAUUUAAAAUGCAGACGUCGUGGAAAAACAGCGGUUCUUUUUACAUGAGAUCCGAUGCAAGAGCUGUCUCGUGCUUGGUAACUCGUAUAAGAAAUUGAUUGUCUUUAUGAUGCAGGGCACUUUUAAGCGUCGACGUUGUUCAGUUAAUAUCCUCGAGUUGGGAUGAAUUGCGUUGGAGCGUUUUGGACUGAGCAGAAGCGCUUUCGGCAGCGUCGGCGAAUGGAGUUGAUGUCAUUCAUUCUGUGCUGCGUCGCAUUGAGUCAAUGGUCACAUGAUCACGUUUGAACAAAGCAGUUGAGGUGUUUUGAGUGUUUCUGCACAUCGAGUUUGUGGGGAGUAAGGGGGUGGGGGGGGGGCAAUGUUAGUCCCGCUAUUUGCUUUACUUGCACUAAAAUGAUAACCCGCAAACUGUUUUCCUGUGUCACCUUCUUUACUUCAUUGCCAGUUGUGAUUUUUGUUUCAAGCUCGUAAUCGGAACAUUGUGUGAUGUAGCUACCGACGGAAAAUGUGGUAGUUUGUUGUUCGUUUAAAAAUAAUAAUAAUAAUAAAUCAGACAUUUUCCAAAAUGACAAACAGGAUACUGUACUGUUUUUAUGUUCCCAUUGAUAUGUUUUUUUUUUUUUUUUUCCUGAGUACCACGUUGAUGCAUCGCUAAAACAAUAAAGCCAACAAUCCAAUAAAAUCACUCACGUUUUGGAGCUGAAAAUAUUUAUUCGAUGUAUCGCAAACAUAUUCGUGCCUCGUAGAGCCCGUCUACGAGCGUUUAAAAAAAAAAAAAAAA